AUGCACAUAGCCUUAGACAGCAGAGGACGGCUCAAACACAUCAUUGCCGCCCCUCCUGCACCUGCAGAUCCAAAUUACAAACAAUGGAGACAAAGAGAUCCGAUAGUUCUUUCAUGGAUUAUCACAAAUAUUGAUUCUGAUCUAGUUAAUCAAUUUUUAGAUUACAAUACAGCAUGGGAUUUAUGGAAGGGUAUUGAAACGCUUCUUGGUAGUGGAAGAGACGAGCUCCAAAUUUUUGAUCUCAGUACAAGGGCAAGUGCAAUAAAACACAAUAAUGAUACUAUUGAGGUUUACUUUAGUAAACUAAAUACCAUUUGGAAAGAAAUAGAUCGGAGGCAGCCGAAUCCUAUGAAAAGUGAUGAGGACAUUACCAUUUUCAACAAAUUCAUUCAAACUCAGAGACUGUACCAGUUUUUGGCCGGUCUAGAUGAAUCUCUUGAUAAGGAGAGACGAGAUUUGAUAAAUCAAGUGCCUCUUCCAACUUUAGACAUGGCUUAUGCGGCGGUUCGAAGGGAGAUUUCAAGGUGUGGGAUCAUGGUCCACACAUCAUCAUUGGGGCAUAACCCCUCAGAAAUAGGUUGUGGCCUCAUCGCACAUCACCGGUCGGAAAAACCGUCACUCCGGCGAGAGGAUAGAAAAAACUUAAAAUGUACUUACUGUGGAGGUUCGAGACACACCAAGGACACUUGUUUCAAUCUUGUAGACUAUCCGGAUUGGUGGGAAGAUCUACAAAAGAAAAAGGCUGCCACCAAGGCACCGGUACACCGGGCCGGCGGCAAAGCCCUUCUCAGUACAGCAGAGUUCACCGGCAAAGAGGAUCACAACCAUGGAGGUUUGUAUAGGGAGGAAAUAAUGGAGGAUGCUCAUGAAAAAGGAACCAGAAAUGAGGAAGAAGAGAAAGACCCACAAUUUAGAGAGAGAAAGGAAAAACCGGCCAUAAGUGAGGGAGGGAGUGAAAACUUUCCUUACUUGGCUUUUUAUAGUGACACAAACACAAACCCUAACCCUACCUUCUCAAACCCACGACCCAUUUAUUAA